CCCAGCCCUCCCCUGCCAGUCAAUUACACCUGCACUGAAGCGAGGCUGUGUAAAUUUGGCGGAUCGAAUCGACACGAGUGAGUCGCCAUUAUACAGAGUAAUCAACGCAAAUCAGCCAAAAUGAGCGCUGAAGAACCCGCUACAAACGCUACUGAGCUCUCAGAGGAGGAGAAAUUCAAGCGAAAGUUUCCCAACAAAAAACCGAUGACAACCGAUGUCAUGCGAAAGAGACUGCAGAAAGGGGUGAAGUAUUUCGAUUCUGGCGAUUAUAUGAUGGCGAAAAGUAGAGACAAAAAUCCAAGAGGACCCGUAAACCCUGCAGUCCUCGCAGUCGGGAAAGGCAUUCCUACACCGGACAAAAUCCCUCACAGAAAAACAUCAGUACCUAUGACAGAGCACCCCGUCACCCAGACAGUGCCGACACAUCCCCACCAGCCACACCACACCAAUGUUGAAGUUGAGAACUAAUAUUAAUUUUAAUAGCUGAUUUGUAAAUUAUAGCAAAGAUGACUUGCUUGUCAAAGUUACCUAAGUAUUUCAAGUUUUUUUUUUUCUGUCGAGUGGGCUUGUCUAUUUGGUUCUCAGAGCAGUGAUUAUUGUCCUUCACAGAACACACUUCAUUACCCUUAAUACAUAAUAUCAUACCUGGUUCUACCAAUAUUCACAUAAUUCCAGCUUUACUUGGGUGUAUUAGAAUGUAGAGGCUUUCCAUUACAUUGCCAUGACUAAAUUGUGCGGAUGAAAAACGUAAAGCAAUGAUUUCAAUCAUUGUAAUACAAAAAUACUGUAAAUCCUCACAUUUGGAAUCAUUUGGAGAUAAAGCUUCCUCAGAAAGUGGGUACUGUUUAAAUACUUGUUGCAGAUAACAAGGUUUCUUGAUCAGUGCAACAGAUAGAGUAGUGCCUUUAAUUGUAUUUAUUGGAGGGACAAGGCAUGUUUGUAAUAGAUGCUAUGCUACAGUUGAUGUUUUCUACAGAUUUUAAUGUUGUAACGGUAAUAAUUAAAUGUUAUAUCACAAUGUCAAUGCUGCUUUGUUUAAUACAGUAUCUGCUAUUUGUGACAGAAAACUGUAUGUGCUCUGUGAAUGUGGUGUUAUUUCAGAAGUGCUGAGUGUACCGUUGGAUGUAUGUAGUAAACUUUUCAGGCUUUGAGUUUGUUGUCAGGCAGAUCGUUAAUUUAAAAUGUAUUUUUAUAUGUAUAAACUGUUGUCAAAUUAUUCGAUAAUAAAAAGCUAUUCAAGAUUGUCUGAA